AUGCUGAGACGACUCAGGAGAGUCUUCUAGUCAGCAUAGGCUAUGUUGUUGUUGUUGAAUAUAAUGUGAUUCUCAGUUACUAUCCCCCCAUCUCUCUCUCUCUGAAAACUGGUGGUGAGUGGUGACCUUCCAAAUUCAUUUUUCGACUCGUCGCCUUCCGCCCCGAGACGGCAAGACUCCGAUUACUGAACGGAGGACGAACCAACCAACCAAACAUGGCGAAAACAAACGCCGCGCCACAAGGCCCCGGGCGUCGAGCCCGCGCGCUCCCGUUCCUCCACCACAGGACCACGCACCGCUUCUUCCGCCUCCUCGGCGCCACUACCACGAAAACCGCCCGGCGCCGCCGCCGCCUAACGGCCAGGCCCACCCACAGUCGCAGGGUAGCGAGACCGGGGGCGCCGGAGCGGAAGCGCCCGGAGGCGGCGGCGGAGCCGAAGGAGAAGGCCUUCGGGGCGGCACGGGACCCCGAUGCCGCCGCCGACGCGGCCAUGGUGGCGGGGAAGUACUGGGCGCACCGCCACAGCCUCUUCUCCCUGUACGACCGCGGCGUGCGCAUGGACGCCGAGGGCUGGUACUCCGCCACCCCGGAGGCCGUCGCGGCGUCGCAGGCCGCCCGCGCCGCGCCCGGCGACCUCGUCGUCGACGCGUUCGCCGGGUGCGGCGGCAACUCCAUCCAGUUCGCCGCCAGGGGUUGCUACGUGGUCGCCGUGGAGAUCGACCCCCGCAAGGUGGAGCUGGCGGCGCACAACGCGAAGGUCUACGGCGUCGAGGACAGGAUCGAGUUCGUCGUCGGCGACUUCUUCCGCCUCGCACCUUUCCUCAAGGCUGAUUUGGUGUUCCUUUCACCACCCUGGGGAGGGCCAUCAUACAUCCAUGCUCCAGUUUACACCCUUGAUAUGCUGAAGCCAAAAGACGGGUACACAACAUUCCAAGCUGCUCAGAAAAUAGCUCCUAAUGUCAUCAUGUUCCUGCCAAGGACAGUCGACAUCAGCCAAGUAGAGGAGCUUUCCUGGUUGUCUUGCCCGCCAUUAGAUUUCGAGAGUGAAGAGAACUACAUACACCACAGACUAAAAGGAAUCACCGCCUAUUUUGGAAGAACAGCAAGACCUCCAAGCAAUCAGUGCCAAAAUUGGGAUGACGAACAACCUGCUGAUUGGUUCUUCAGAAUCUCUUUGCGCAAAAGAAAAGGGGCUAUGCAGAUAUUUUAAGUCAAAAUUAGAACCGGGAGUUUCCUUAUCAUCCCCCUCUUUUUUCUUGAGGAAAACCUUAUCCCCCUCUGAAAUCGAAAUGUGUCAGAUAAGAUUUCAGCAAAAUUUAUGUGGAAACACCGUAUCCCACACGUUGAUCUGAA